ACGACUGCUUUAAUGAAGUUUCGUUGAUGUUCGAAAUAUUCGAAAAUUCAAGGAAACUUUUAUCUCGAGUUUGUUGCAAUGAGAAAUAAAAUACACAUUUUUCAUAGCUCUUAACAACACAUUAAAAUUGUUAAGACCCUAAGUGAGAUUUAUAACGGGUUUUUAAAACUUUCUUGAAUCUUUGGAGUUGAAUCAAAAAUAUAUCUGUUUUAAACAUUUUUCCUUUAUAAAUUCACAGUUAGCGUAUUUUGAUAAUAAAUGUUUUAAAUUUCAAAAAAAUAUUUUAAAAUUUUUAAAAUAUCUUUUUGUUUGUGUGGGUUAUUUUUGAAACGUAUUCCAAUUUAUAUAAAAAUUUUGAAAACAAUUUUCUUCAGGGACAGUAUGGUAUUUAAUUUGCAACGCUACAACUUUUAAGAAGACUUGUCGGUCUAGAAAUUGUGGCAAUCGCAGUUGCAAUACAUUUGCGAAUCUCUCUCUCUCUCUCUCUCUCUCUCUCUCUCUCUUUGUAUUCAACAAGUAGCAUACUGUCGCGCAGGGGUGCAAACGAUUUGCUCGAAUCCGCUCUCUCGGCUCCCACGAAUUCCCCAGUCGCGGCGGCGUGCGAUUGGUCGCUGAUGUCUUCUCCCGUCAUCACCGUCGUCCGCCCGCCGAUGCGUUGUCGAACGCGGUUGAAUGCGAGAAGCGCGAGCGGCGACGAUUGGCCGGUCAGUAGCGCCUGUGGCGGGCAUGCGCGUGCAUGCAAUUUCAACUCGGUUCUUCUCGCCUGUUGUCUGAACGCGUUCGCCGAACGACGCGGUGCAAGCGCGUCGACCGCAACGGAAAUCCUUCACUUCGGACGUGCGCCCCCGAGUCGCAGGGACCGUCGUCGCGGAAAGAGGGUGGCGGGCGGCCGAGGAGGUUUCGCGCAGAUCGCGCGAACGAGGUCGCAUUUCCUCCCGGUGUCGACCCGACCGCGAUUAUCCCCCGCGAAGUUCACCGCGAGCGGUUUUAACGGUGUUGUGAAACACCUUCGCCGAGUGUUGCCAGGUGUUACCAGGUGAACGUGCGCGAGCGUCGCCUUCCUCGCGUUGCCUUCGCUCUCGCAGGGCAAGCGAGGAGGAAGUCCGCAACGGUAACGAACAAGAGAAUUUGCCGUCGGAUGGUUUCUACUUUUUUUGUUGUGACACCGUGGCGGUCCGACGUGUGCGUGUGUUUCACGCAGAAGGAUCCCGCGCGAUCCUCGCGGCAAGUUCGAGCGCGCGACGCGUCGUCGUCCGACGACGCGAAGCGAGAGUGAAAAUUGAAUCGCGACGGCGGACAAUCAAGUACGGCACAGUACGGCGGUGACGAAGGACGGCGGAGAAGAACGAUCGAUCUCGAUCGAUACGAGUGCCUCCCAUCCGGGAGGCCAAUCCCUGCGGAUUCUCACGGAAUCGGGACAUCAUAGUCUUCACGGGCGUGUGGAGCGAUGCUCGAGGAGUGAAGAGCGACAGAGGAGGAGGACACGCGCGAUUUUCGUUUUGACAUCAUUCACGUUCGCAUCGCGCACCUUCCGCCGUUUCGUGCCUCCUUUCACGCGAGCCGUCAUUUUCCCAGCCCGCUGCUCGUCCACGGACCUCGUUGCCGAGUAAAGGACGCGAGUCCGCGAGCCUCCUUCGAACGCGGGGACGAUCCCGGGGGAAACGGAGGGAGAGGAACAGCAGCGUGGUCACCGCGGAAUGUGAGUCGCGGCGAGUGUGCGUGGAUCAUCGCGAUCAUUGGCGUAAGUACGCGCGCGCUUCCGGAGCGUCUUACGCGCGGCGGCUGUGCGAAGGAGCAGGCGGAGACGACGGCGGAGAAGAAGGCGGCGGACGAAGACGACGACGACGAGGAGAAAGAGGAGAAGGAGGAGGAGGUGGGGAGAGGAGGAGGAGGUGAAGGUAGAGACGAGGGAGUGAGGUCAACGUCGCGCAACGGCGAGGCGAGAGGAUGGAGCAGCGGCCGGCGGCGGCGGCGGCCUCCGCGAGGACGCGCGGCCUUCUCGCCGGUGUCUGCCUCGUCUGGAUCAUCGGCGGCAUCUACGCCACCGAACCACUUCAAGAGCCGCGCUUCACCAAUCAACCGUCCAGCAGUGGCAAUAUACUUAGCGAGAAUCGCACCAAGUUUCUGCAAUGCCAAGCGAGAGGCAAUCCUCAACCAAAGUACAAAUGGUUCAAAGACGGGAUGCCUCUCAGCAACGAGCUCACCUCGGGGCCUUACUUCCGUAUUCACAGUACCCGGCGGGAGGACGCGGGAGUGUAUCAUUGCGUUGCGACGAAUGACGUGGGAUCCAUAUUCAGCGAUCGUCUCGCCUUCGCCGUAGCCUAUAUGGGGACGUUCGAUGAUCUCACGGAGAAAGUGGUGACCGUCGAGUCGGGUAGCGCCGCGAUUUUGGAACUACCCCCGAUUGAAAGCCACCCAAGUCCUGACGUAACGUGGUUCUCCUCGGACGGGACUCUUCUUUACGGUAUAAAGUACGCUACGACUCAAAACACAUUGAUCAUACUAAACGCUUCGGAAAACGACGAAGGCACAUACAGAGCAAAGGCUAUUAACACUCAAUUGGGCAGAGAGGAGAUCAGUCCGUUUUUCAAACUGCAAGUCACCGGCGAUCCAUACGCGGAGGUAGCCCCUACCAUAAUCGUCAAGCCGCAGGACACGCAGAUAAUCAAGGAUCAAGAUGUCACGCGCAUAAAUUGCAUCGCGAAUGCCAGAUCGCUUCACGAGCUAAGAACUUUAUGGAUGAAAGACGGCAUUCCAAUCGAAAACUCCAGGAUAUCCUAUAGCUUUAACGAUUCGUGGAACAGAACGCUUGCGUUGAUCUCAGCCAACAUAACUUACACAGGGAUUUAUUCCUGCCACGUGGACUUGCGAAGUGGCGGUUAUCCAACUGUAAAUGCGAGCGCUAAAAUUGUUGUAUAUGAAAAACCGACAUUUAUAACAGAAUUAAAAAGGGAAACUCUAAGUGAUUACGGAUCUAUGGUAACAUUACCGUGUGACGCUAAUGGCGUGCCGCCUCCUAAAAUUGCUUGGUUCCGUAAUGCCGAACCUGUCGAUCAAUUACUGGAAACCAGAUAUUUGAUGGAGGAAGACGGCUCGCUGACGAUUAAGAAACUAACUAUGGAUGACUCGGGGAUGUUUCAGUGUCUCGCUUCCAAUGAAGCCGGCGAAUCGUCCAGUUAUACUUGGCUGAAAGCGAAAAAAGGAUUAGGAAGCGGAUUGAGAAACAGAGUUGCCCGAUGGGCGGCUGGCUACAAUGUAGUCAGAAUUCGCCAGUCUGAUCGCCGUUUUAUGUUCUCUCAAUAUACAAACACAUCUGGACCAAUAAUGGAGAACGGACCACAGAAUUUGACAGUAUUAGACGGCAAAGAUGCGACUCUGAGUUGUUACGCGAUCGCAGCUCCCAAACCAAAUACCACCUGGUAUUAUAACGAUACGAUACCUGUGGAAAUCGCCGGAAGAGUACAAGUCUUGGAUAACGGCGAUCUUUUAAUUGCGGCUGUGAAACCGUACGACGCGGGAAAAUAUACUUGCAUCCGCGCGAACGAGGCUGGAUCUGUCAACGGAUCGGCAUACUUAAUUGUUAUGGUACGAACUCAAAUUGUCCAACCACCUGUUGAUACCUCCGUGCUUCUCGGGCGCACCGCCGAAUUGCAGUGUAAAGUCUCGAAUGAUCCCACCGUCGUGUAUGAUAUGGCAUGGUUUCACAAUGGACAAGUAAUAAACACACAAGCAAGCCAAAGAGUGAAGAUGCGAUCAGACGGUACUCUUGAGAUCGUUACCGUUCGAGCUUCUGAUGUUGGCGAAUAUACAUGCUCCGUAGUGUCACCAGGUGGUAACGAAACGCGAUCCGCUCGUCUGAGCGUGAUCGAAUUGCCUUUCCCACCGAUCAACGUCGUGGCCACACGAGUCGAAAGGAUCUCGCCGCGCACAAUCAACGUUACGUGGGUGCCCGGUUUCGACGGCAACAGUCCUACAAAAAAAUUUAUAGUCCAAAGACGAGAGGUGUCCGAUCUGGGACCUAUACACGACCCGUACUUAAACUGGGUAACGGAACGCGAUAAUGUAUCCGCAACCAGUCGAUGGGUAUUAUUGAAUAAUUUGAAAGCCGCGGCGUCUUAUCAAUUUCGUGUUAGCGCCGAAAAUAGCGUCGGUGAGGGUCCAUCAUCAGCACCCAGUAACAUCGUCGUUUUGCCCCAAGAACCACCCAGUGGUCCACCGAUCGGCUUUGUCGGUUCAGCACGUUCAUCAUCAGAAAUCAUAACACAAUGGCAACCUCCGUUAGAAGAAUACCGAAAUGGUCACAUUUUGGGAUAUAUACUGAGAUACACGCUUUUCGGAUACAAUGAUAGCCCGUGGACGAUGCAAAAUAUCACCAACGAAGCACAAAGAAAUUAUCUCAUUACAGAUUUAAUCACAUGGAAAGAUUAUGAAGUACAAAUAGCCGCUUAUAACGAGAAGGGUGUGGGUGUAUAUUCAAAGGGCUUGCAAAUAAAAACUAAGGAAGGAGUUCCGGAAGCACCUCCGACAAACAUAAAAGCAAAGGCAGUUAAUUCAACGGCGGUGAAAGUUUGGUGGAAGCCACCGAAUCCUCAGAAAAUCAAUGGAAUUAAUCAGGGAUACAAAUUGCAAGCUUGGAUCGGUGGUAAUAUUACAGAAGCGAAUGAAUACAAAUCGAUGACUGUGCCACCGAGUUUAUUCGAUCCGCUCGCCGAACAGAACGCUAUUAUGACAGGUUUAAGAAAGUAUACUCUGUAUAAUAUUACGGUGCUUUGCUUCACCGAUCCAGGUGACGGUGAAAGGAGUUCACCCGUCGAAGUUCGCACUCGCGAAGAUGUACCUGAGGAAGUGGAAAAUCUACAAUUUGAAGAUAUCAGCGAUCGUGCGCUGACGGUUAAGUGGAGUUCCCCCAAAGAAACCAACGGAAUAUUGACACAUUAUCAACUGAAAUACAUGAUUAAAGACAUUCCGGAAUCUUUGCGCGUCGAAAACUUCACAGCCGAUGUGUUGUCGACCAAAGUAGAGCAUCUUCAGGCACUGACUCACUACAAAUUUGAAGUAACCGCUUGGACAUCAGUUGGAUCUGGCAAAGCAAAAAUAGCGACCAUACAAUCAGGCGUUGAACCAGUGCUACCAGAACCGCCUACAAAGUUAGCAUUAUCCAACAUAGAUGCAUUCUCUAUUGUAUUGCAGUUCACGCCAGGAUUUGAUGGAAAUUCAUCCAUCACGAAGUGGACAGUGCAGGCACAAACGGCGCGAAACUCGACGUGGUAUAAUAUCUACGAAGUAUCUGAUCCUGAUGCUAGUACGAUUACAGUCGACGGUUUGACUCCUUUCAUGCAAUACAAGCUCCGUUUGAUUGCAAAUAAUGUUGUCGGUGCCUCGCAGCCUUCCGAACCGACCAAAGAAUUUCAGACGAUUCAGGCACCACCUUCUCAUCCUCCAAAAAAUGUCACGGUCCGCGCGAUGAGUGCGACCGAAUUACGUGUUAGAUGGAUUCCAUUACAGCAAAUAGAAUGGUAUGGAAAUCCACGAGGAUAUAAUGUCACUUAUACAGAAGUGCGAUCGAACAUUUCGAAGAGCAGUAUUAUCGAAGAUCAUACCGCAAACUCAUAUGUUUUGGAAAACAUGGAGGAAUACGCCGAUUACGAGAUAGUGAUGCAAGCGUUCAACGAUGUUGGCUCUUCAGCGACGAGUCCAAAGGCCAUUGAACGAACUCGUGAAUCAGUUCCUUCUCUGGGACCUAUUAACGUAGAAGCAAACGCAACGUCUUCUACAACUAUCUUAGUGCGAUGGGGCGACGUACCCGUGGAACAUCAAAAUGGGCAAAUCGAGGGUUUUAAAGUGUAUUACGGCGCUAAUUCUAGAUCGACUUUCCAAUACAAAAAUAUUCCCAGUAACACCACUUUCACAACCACCUUGACGGAGCUUCGCAAGUUUGUCCAAUAUCACGUACAGGUUUUAGCUUACACGAGACUCGGCGAUGGAGCGCUGAGUACCCCACCUGUGAGAGUCCAGACCUUUGACGAUACUCCUGGUCCACCGUCUAAUGUAUCUUUCCCCGACGUGAGUUUAACUACAGCCCGCAUUAUCUGGGACACGCCAGAGGAUCCUAAUGGAGAGAUACUCGCAUAUAAAGUGAUGUUUCAUUUAAACAACAGCCAAGAUCGACAAUUUUCAAAAGAAUUUCCUGCAUCAGACAGAACGUUUAGAGCUACUGGACUCGAGCCUGAACAGUAUUACAUGUUCUCUGUGACGGCACAGACAAGAUUGGGUUGGGGUAAGACGGCUUACGCGCUAGUAUUUACUACGAACAACAGAGAACGUCCUCAAGCGCCAUCGGUACCGCAAGUGAGCAAGUCGCAGAUUCAAAGUCGUCAGAUAACGUUUAGUUGGACUCCAGGCAGAGACGGUUUUGCACCGUUAAGAUAUUACACGGUGCAACAAUCGGAAAAUUCCGGACCAUUCCAAAUUAUUCCCGAGAGAGUGGAGCCCACACUGACGUCUUAUACAGCUAACAAUUUGAAGCCUUACACAAACUAUCAAUUUCGCAUUCAGGCUACCAAUGACAUAGGUCCUUCAGAAUGGAGCAAUGAGUCAGCUCAAGUACAAACUUUGCCUGCAGCACCAUCAAAAGGUGUUAUCGGUUUGAAAGCUGUACCAAUAACAACAUCCAGUGUCGAGGUUCAUUGGAGCAUGAUCGACGAGGUAUAUUGGAGCGGUGAUCAUGAAACUGGUGGUUAUCGUGUCGUUUAUCAACCAGUGUCGGAUUUUCCAACGCCUCUUCAGACAACGCCGAAAGAGGAGAUUCGGGGGAUUAAGGAAACUAAAAUGGUUUUAAGCGACUUGACGGAAGACCGAUAUUAUGAGAUUGUAGUACUGCCAUUUAAUUCGGAAGGCGAGGGCCCGCCAAGUCCACCGGUUACUGUGUACGUGGGCGAGGCAGUUCCUACGGGAGAGCCUCAAUAUCUAAAAGCUGAAUCCAUCUCUUCCACCGAAGUUCAAUUGCGUUGGAAACCUCCCCAAGCCAAUAUGCAAAAUGGCGAUUUAUUAGGAUAUAAGAUAUUUUACUUAGUAACCAACUCUCCUCAGGCUUUAGAGAAAAAACAGGAAGAAGAGAUAGAAGUCGUUCCGGCGUCUUGUUUGGCGCACAACUUAGUCUUUCUUGACAAGUAUACGGAAUAUCGCAUACAAGUUUUAGCGUUUAAUCCAGCCGGAGAUGGUCCGCGAUCUCGGCCAAUUACUGUGAGAACGAAACAGGACAUACCAGGACCACCGUAUAAUUUAGAAUUUAAUGAAAUUACUAUGACCAGUCUGCGUGUCUCUUGGAAACCACCAAAGUUGCGCAAUGGCGAGAUAGUCGGUUACAUCGUUACAUAUGAAACGGCAGAACAGAACGACCGUUUCAGUAAACAAGUUAAGCAAAAAGUAACGGAGACAAGUCUCCUGAUUCAACCACUGGAAGAAGAAGUGACAUACACUUUCAUGGUUCGCGCGCAGACGAUUGACUUCGGACCGCCGAUAUCCGGCAAUGUUACAACCGGUCCGCAAGAAGGUUCACCGAUGGCGCCCAGCAAUCUCGGUGUAACCAAAACAGUUUCCAGUGUGGAACUAGACUGGACCAACGGGGCUUCUGGCAAAGGUCCUAUACUCGGUUAUUACAUUGAGACUCGUCGUAAAGCAAUGGAAGAAUGGCAGCAUUACGAUUCACGCUGGCAGACAAUAAUUCGUACCAGCAACGGACCCCUGACAGAAUAUUCUGUGUCUUAUCAAAACUUACUGCCGUCCACUUCGUAUUUGUUCAGAGUGAUAUCAUACAAUCGUUAUGGAAUUAGUUAUCCAGCGUAUUCCACUGAAACGAUUUUAACGCCGUCGAAGCUAUACCUGGAAUACGCAUACCUACAACACAGGCCAUUUUAUAGGCAGACUUGGUUCAUGGUCACUUUAGCUGCUAUAUCAAUUAUAAUUAUUAUUAUGGUUAUAGCAAUAUUAUGCGUGAAGAGUAAAAGCUACAAAUACAAACAAGAGGCACAAAAGACUUUAGAAGAGUCGAUGGCGAUGGAUGCGGAUGAUAGGCAGGAAUCGGAUCUGGAAUUGUACAGAUCGCGUCAAGGUGCAGGCGGUACCGUUAAUCUGGCAAGCGGCACUCUGGGUAAGAGGAAUACAUUAGCCCGGAAAGCGAUGCAUCCUCCACCACCCACAAUGCUGGGCAAAUCGCCUCCCAGGCCUUCUCCAGCAUCAGUCGCCUACCAUAGUGACGAAGAGAGCCUCAAGGGAUACGACGAAAAUCCCGACGACAGCAGCGUCACGGAGAAGCCCUCCGAAAUUAGUUCCACUGAUUCUCAGGGUUCUGAGAGCGAGAACGAGAGCGUGCAAUCCGAUCCACAUUCCUUUGUGAAUCACUACGCGAACGUGAACGACUCGUUAAGGCAGUCAUGGAAACGGCAGAAACCCGUCCGGAACUACUCGUCGUAUACGGACUCUGAACCGGAAGGCAGCGCAGUAGUCAGUCUAAACGGCGGUCAGAUCAUCAUGAACAACAUGGCCAGAUCGAGAGCGCCGCUGCCAGGUUUCUCGUCAUUCGUAUAAUUAAACGAAUUAUCAAUCUCUCUUCGAGAUACAGAGAAACCUUUUUUAUUUGUAUAUUAAUAUCAAAAUUAUCGCAGCUGCUUCGCUUUGAGUGAAGUUUUUUUAUACAUAUAUAGAGCGAAAGACUUACGUCGAGAACACGUCUUUCGUGCGUGCCGACGGUAUAGACUUAUAACAAACUAGGAAGCUUGAGGCAUCUUUGUAUUGUGAUAUAUUGAUAUAUAUAUAUAUUAUUUAUAAUUUUCGAUUAGACAGUGCAUUUAAUAGACUUUUGUACUUUCUCAGAUUAGUUUAAGAAUCAAACAGCUAGCAUACGGAUCUCGUACGAACGUUUUGCAAAUUUCGUGCCUGUGGAACAGAGGAGUGUAAGUCUAAAUAUCAUUCCGUUUCUUGCAGCAGAUAUUUUGGUCUUGUCCUCGUUCUACCAUUCAGGUACGCGAUUAUAGGUACACGAUUAUAUAGAUUAAUUCACUUUAAUUCAAUUUUUACAUUUUUUGAUGUAAAAAUUGGCACUUAUCAUCGGAUACGAUUUGCGGACGAUAGUCGCCUUAUUGUGCGUGUUCGUAAUAUUGAAGUUUUCAAAAAAAGUAAAAUAUCAGAUUUAACGUUGCAAUCGUUGGCCUAUCAUAUCAUUUUAUCAAUUCAUUGAAGAUUAUAAUGAAGAUAUAAUGUGAGUUAUGGGACACUGUGUAAACUGCUUUUACGAUGACGUACUCGCAUUACGUCAGACCCGUGUAAAUAUGUUAUAUACUUUCCAUAAGAAUGUAGAUUUUGUAUAAUUCUGCUAUAUACAUUCAAUUAUAUCUAUUGCAUUCGCGUUUUGUGAUAUACAGUAAAAGCUCCAUAUUUUUGAGACUUAUAUUUUACUAAACUGUCAUAAAUUUUACAAAUGUGAAAUAAUUUACAUAUAUAAACAUAUUUUUCACACACACCCGUAUGUAUGUAUUUUUUAAUUUGUUUUAAUUUUAAAAUAAGAAUUACUUUUCAGAACUGUUAAAAAAUGUUAUUCUCUUUAUUUUCAUUGUUAUAAGCAGAUUAAGUUUAAGCCUGCAAAUAACAAAUACGCGCAAAUAUAUAUGGAGCUUCUAUUGUACGUAGAUAUAUCAUAGCUACUGAGAUACAGUAUUCAUAUCUUCUUAAACAUUCUAGUUUUAUUAAUGGAUGUUCAAAGUCGAAAAGAAAUCGUAGUUACGGCGAUUGCAUAUAUCAAAUUUAUCGUAACUAUGCGGAUAACGAACUUGAUUAAAAAUCGAGGAAAGACAGGAUAAAAAGAAGCCUAAUCUAGUUGUUAAUUAUAAAGUAAGACUAUUACCGAUUUGUAUUUCAUAAGAUUAUCCAUUUUACGCUCGCGCGCUAUAAGUAUUUAGAUAUAAUUUUAUUACUUAAAAAAACAAGGUUCUACGUCGCGCGAUGCAGCGAUCCUCUUUUAGAGAAAUGUUUCCACGGAAACCACCUCGACGUUUCCGCGACACUGCCAGUGAACGUUUAGUGCAAAUUUUAAUUUUAUUUAUACUAUAUACUUCCAUGCGUGUAUUAAUAACGACGUAAAAAUAUAAAGAUCAGCGCGUAAUAUUAAUCGCAUAGGACACUGAGAAGAAACUCUGUUAAUCUUUUAAUAAAAAUUUAUGCCAUUUUGGAAAA